AUGUCAACGACCGCUACAUGGGUGGCCACCCUACCCUUAGCCAGUGAACAACAACAAAAUCAUGCUUCCAGAGAGUCGACGACUCCUUUUAGCUACAAAGAUGAAUCUCGGCCGACAGACGUUGUCGACUCCAAUAUAAUAGAAACCCGGCCGCAAGAACAGAUACAAAGCCAGCUGUCGACAUCGAUCAGCGCGCCAGCAACCAUCCAAAACGCUCUUGUUCUUCAUGCAGUCAAAGAAAAAUACGCCCUCGUUUCUGAUCACGCAGUGCCGUCGAUACUUCACCAAGAUGAGAUUCUCAUCAAAAUCUCCGCCAUUGGCCUGAAUCCUAUCGACUGGAAAGCACCGGCAUUCAACUUUGGCAUCCCUAGUCUUCCAUGGGUUUUUGGCCGCGAUCUGGCUGGCACAGUCGUCCAAACUUCCUCCUCAGACUCACGCCUCAAAAUCGGCGACCUCGUGCUCGUGCCAUCAACAGACUAUCGAGAUAUCCGCAAAGCCGCAUUUCAAGAAUACGCCAUUGCAACACACUUUAACGCGGCCAAAAUUCCAGCCACGGUGCCAAUCCACAGUGGUGCAUCGAUAGGUGUUGCAUAUGUUGCCGCCGCCCUGGCACUGGGCAUUUCAUUCGGACUCGACUUUGGGCUAGCAGAGAAUGUUCCCGGGCCAAAUUUGAGGCGGAUACUGAGGGAGAUUAAUACGCAAGAAAUCCCAGAAGACGUCCGUGAAGAAUGUCUACCUUCCGAAACAGAUUCCUCCGAGGUUGUGCAAAAGGGAGAUUGGAUUGCCAUUUGGGGAGCAUCCACAACAACAGGACACAUAGCCCUGCAACUCGCCAAGCUCUGCGGCCUCAAAGUCAUCUGUAUCGCCGACAUCGCACGACACGGUGCCAAAUUACAUGCUACUGGCGCAGACAUUCUCGUGGACAGACACGACACAGACCGCGCAGUCGAAAUCAUCAGAGGCGUGACUAACGGCCGUUUACGGUUUGGACUCGAUAUUGUGGGUCGUGAGACUGCCACCAUACUCCAAAGGACCCUGUUCACGAGUGAACAUGAUGGGCCACAAGCACACCUGUUAGGGCUUACGGGAUUGCCGAAAGAAAAAGACCCGCGCAUCAAGUCUCAUACCGUGCCUAUCAAAAUAUUUCAUUCGUCGGCAGCCGUGGGCGAGGCACUGGUGACGUGGCUGGAGAAGUUGUUGGAAACAAACUCGCUAAGUCCGCCGGAUGUUAUUGUCAAAAGUGAGGGUGGCCUCGGAGGAAUUAAUGACGCCCUAGAGGUGCUGAAAAGUGGCGCUGCGAGUGGUAAAAGAAUUGUUGUCGAUUUGGGAAGGGAUGAUUGA